AAAAAGCUCCUUCCUUUAGGUAAUGCCCGAUAACCCUAAGCCCCCACCCACUCCUCAUUUCUCAUUUUUUCUACUGAUCUCCAGCCUCCAUCGGCGUCGCCGCGCCGUUCAUUGGGUCCGGCCAACUCGUCUCCACCACCGCCGUUCAACUCCAGCGCCGCCAAGCCUGUCUCUGUGAAUCCGUCAUCUCCGGACUUCGGCUUUCUCCGCUACUUCAGUUCUUCAAGAAAUGCACAUAAGAGGGUUUCUAUUGUUUCUCUCACUCCCUCUCGCUUACAAUGGCCGACGAAGCACAGUACUCGUCCGGCAGUGACACCACCAACAACAAGCACAAGUACGAGGACCCAACGUUGUCGUCCACUGGUUCUUGCAGGCCCAUCUGCUUCUCCUCGAUACUGGCUUCAGCUCUGUUCCAUCAGGCAGCCCUGAAUCAAUGAAGCAUAGCUGAAUUGCAUCAAGCUAAUUAUCAGCUGCCAUUGAAUUCCAACAUUGAAGUAUCAGGAUCAGUAGAGUCUGAAGAGUGCCUAGAGAAGAGCAUGGCUGGUGAUCUCACUCAAAUUGAUUCAAAAAUCGGACCACAGGUUGGAGUAGAAGGACAAGUAAUGAAAGCUGAACAUGUUGGUUUGCAUGGGGGGCAGGACAUGGAAGUUGAAGAAGACAUUAUUGAUACUGAACAGGCAAAAGCCGAUGAAGAGAAAUUUGUUGAUACUAAACAAUCUAAAGCUGAUGAAGAGAAAUUUGUUGAACAGGCAGCCCUGAAUCAAAGAAGCAUAGUUGAAUUGCAUCAAGCUAAUUAUCAGCUGCCAUUAAAUUCCAACAUUGAAGUAUCAAGGUCAGUAGAGUCUGAAGAGUGCCUAGAGAAGAGCAUGGUUGGUGAUCUCGCUCAAAUUGAUUCAAAAAUCGGACCACAGGUUGGAGUAGAAGGACAAGUAAUGAAAGUUGAACAUGUUGGUUUGCAUGGAGGGCAGGACAUGGAAGUUGAAGAAGACAUUAUUGAUACUGAACAGGCAAAAGCAGAUGAAGAGAAAUUUGUUGAUACUGAACAGUCUAAAGCUGAUGAAGAGAACUUUGUUGAACAGGCAGCCCUGAAUCAAAGAAGCAUAGGUGAAUUGCAUCAAGCUAAUUAUCAGUUGCCAUUGAAUUCCAACAUUGAAGUAUCAGGAUUAGUAGAGUCUGAAGAGUGCCUAGAGAAGAGCAUGGCUGGUGAUCUCACUCAAAAUGAUUCAAAAAUCGGACCACAGGUUGGAGUAGAAGGUCAAGUAAUGAAAGCUGAACAUGUUGGGUUGCAUGGAGGGCAGGACUUGGAAGUUGAAGAAGACAUUACUGAUAUUGAACAGUCAAAAGCCGAUGAAGAGAAAUUUGUUGAACGGGCAACUCUGAAUCAUGGAAACGUAGUCGAUGUGCAUCAAGCAAUUUAUCACUCAAAAGCUAAACAUGUUGGUUUGCAUGGGGGGCAGGACAUGGAAGUUGAAGAAGACAUUAUUGAUACUGAACAGUCAACAGCUGAUGAAGAGAAAUUUGUUGAUACUGAACAGUCUAAAGCUGAUGAAGAGAAUUUUGUUGAACAGGCAGCCUUGAAUCAAAGAAGCAUAGUUGAAUUGCAUCAAGCUAAUUAUCAGCUGCCAUUGAAUUCCAACAUUGAAGUAUCAGGAUCAGUAGAGUCUGAAGAGUGCCUAGAGAAGAGCAAGGCUGGUGAUCUCACUCAAAUUGAUUCAAAAAUCGAACCACAGGUUGGAGUAGAAGGACAAGUAAUGAAAGCUGAACAUGUUGGUUUGCACGGGGGGCAGGACAUGGAAGUUGAAGAAGACAUUACUGAUACUGAACAGUCAAAAGCCGAUGAAGAGAAAUUUGUUGAUACUGAACAGUCUAAAGCUGAUGAAGAGAAAUUUGUUGAACAGGCAUCCUUGAAUCAAAGAAGCAUAGUUGAAUUGCAUCAAGCUAAUUAUCAGCUGCCAUUGAAUUCCAACAUUGAAGUAUCAGGAUCAGUAGAGUCUGAAGAGUGCCUAGAGAAGAGCAUGGCUAGUGAUCUUGCUCAAAUUGAUUCAAAAAUCGGACCACAGGUUGGAGUAGAAGGACAAGUAAUGAAAGCUGAAUAUGUUGGUUUGCAUGGAGGGCAGGACUUGGAAGUUGAAGAAGACAUUACUGAUACUGAACAGUCAAAAGCCGAUGAAGAGAAAUUUGUUGAACGGGCAACUCUGAAUCAUGGAAACGUAGUCGAUGUGCAUCAAGCUAGUUAUCAGCUGCCACCAGAAAAUGAAGAUGAAUUCUCUGUAUCAGAUUUAGUAUGGGGUAAAGUAAGGAGCCACCCAUGGUGGCCUGGGCAGAUAUUUGAUCCUUCGGAUUCAUCUGAGAAGGCAAUGAAACAUUAUAAAAAGGACUAUUUUUUGGUAGCAUAUUUUGGGGAUCGAACGUUUGCCUGGAAUGAAGCAUCUCAGUUAAAGCCUUUUCGAACACAUUUCUCCCAUGAAGAGAAGCAGAGCAAUUCAGAAACAUUUCAGAAUGCUGUCGAUUGUGCUUUGGAAGAGGUCUCAAGACGAGUAGAGUUUGGCUUAGCAUGCUCUUGCAUGCCAAAUGAUGCCUAUGAAGAUAUUAAAUUCCAGAUUGUUGAGAACGCUGGGAUCCAUCAAGAAUCAAGUAUAAGAGAAGGAGUGGAUGGAUUUGCUAGUGCUAGUUCCUUUGAACCUGAUAAUUUAAUCGAAUAUGUGAAAGCUUUGGCACAGUUCCCAUCUGGUGGGGGUGAUCGCUUGGAGCUUGUGAUAGCCAAGGCUCAGUUGCUGGCCUUUUAUCGAUUAAAGGGUUAUUGUAGUUUGCCAGAAUUCCAAGGUUGUGGACAGUUGUUGGAGAGUGACACAGACACUUUAGUUUAUGAGGACAGAGAGCAUUCAAGUGAAAUGUAUGAGCAUGCCACUACUCUUUAUAAGGAUGAUGAGUUAACUUCCUUUAAACAGGAGAUUUUGAAAAGCCAGAACAACUCUACUCAUAAACGUAAACAUAAUUUGAAAGAUGAUGUAUAUUACAAAAAGAAAGAAAGAAGAUUGUCCGAAUUAAUGGGUGGGAUGAUAGAUUCUCCCGAUGGUGAUAAUUUGUCGGAUGGGAAGACAACUGGUGUUCCGGUUUCAUUAUCCGCUGGCAAGAAACGAAAGUCUGUUGAUUACCAUGAUGACCAUGUGCCACAAGAUGGAAGGAAGACCAUUUCCUUUGCAAAAGUUUCUAGUACCACUCCACCUUCUUUCCCCAAGCCAUCAUUUAAAAUUGGUGACUGUAUACGGAGAGUUGCAAGCCAACUGACUGGGUCUCCUGCUAUCUUGAAAAGUAAUAGUGAGAGGUUCCAGAAGCUAGAUGGAAACAAUGACAUAGCUGCUGGGGAUGAAGCUGAUGUUUCCUUCCAAGAUUCUGAGGAUGCCCAAAGAGGAAGGAUGAUUGUUUCAACAGAGUACUCAUCAUUAGAGGAUUUGUUAUCACAACUACAGAUAGCAGCACAAGAUCCCAUGAGAGGAUAUGGUUUCUUGAAUGUUGUUGUUAGUUUCUUCUCUAACUUUAGAAAUUCAGAAGCAUCAAGACAAUAUUCUGAAAGAGAUUUUUUGGCUAUGGACAAAGUUGGUGGUAAAAGAAAAAAAACACCCCAUCCUGUUGCUGGGUCACCUGAAACAUUUGAAUUUGAGGAUAUGAGUGACACUUACUGGACAGACAGGGUCAUCCAAAAUGGUUCUGAAGAGCAACCUUCACGUAGAAGCAGAAAAAGAGAUUAUCAAAUUGUCCCUGUUCAAUUAGAAAAUUCUCUUCAAGGGAGUCGUAGGCCAUAUUCCAGGAAGCGAUAUUCGGAUGGCAAUCAUGCUGUGGCAACUGAGAAACCUGUUGGCUAUGUGGAUGAGAAUUCACCUGCUGAGAUUGUAAUGAACUUCUCUGAGGUGAAUUCUGUUCCUUCAGAAACAAACCUGAAUAAGACAUUUAGGCGUUUUGGACCACUGAAGGAAUCUGAAACAGAAGUUGAUCGCGAUACAAGCCGUGCUAGAGUGGUUUUUAAGAAGUCUUCUGAUGCAGAAGUUGCUUUCAGUAGUGCUGGAAGGUUCAACAUUUUUGGGCCAAUGCUAGUAAAUUACCAGCUUAGCUAUACUCCAUCUGCUUUGUUUAAAGCUUCUCCAAUGGACACGGCCCUGGACCAUGAGAUGCAACUGGAUCUUGCCGUUCUUGAAGUUAAUCUAGUUUGAAAGUUUCAGGGGAAGGAAAGCAGAUGCAGAAGAAGAGCAGAUGUGGUACUGAUGAUGAUGAUCAUGGUGAUGCUGUAGCAGAGAAUUUUCUGAAUGGGCUGCUGAAGGAGGUAACCAGACUGUUAAUUCAUCUGGUUAUCUAUUCAGGUUCUUUUCUUUUUCUGCGAAGAGGUGUAGUUUUUUGCUUUGUUCUGUAAUCUUACAUGUACAGCAAUGCAAGUGAUCCUUUUUAAAUGGUUGUUAUCCUUGGCGGCUAUAAGAUUUGGGUAUAUAUUGGCUCA